ACAACUUGAAAGCCGUUUGGCGGUGUUUCAGUGGAUAGCAAAAUGAGUAACAGAACAGGUUCAUUUUUGUGGAACCUCUGGCAAUUCAGUACUUUAGUUCCAACCAGCAGAACUGUGAGGCUGUGUCCUUUGGGAUUUUGCAGACCAAAAAUUGCUUAUUCAAACUGGAACCCAAGAAACCUUCUCUUAAAUAACUUUGAUAAUAGACUGCAAGCGUCUGUUAGAUGUCUCUUUCAGAAUGCCUUAAUUUUUAAAUCAGGAGAUGACUUUCAAACAAAGGGCGUAAGGACUGUGACAGUGCUUACCCUUGACAGAGUGCUUUGUCCUAGAAGACUGUCUUUUGACUCUAAACACUCCCUUGACUCUGAUAAUGAGUUGAAGAAGACAGACUUUCAUCAUGAGGCCUCCAGUGAAGAUGUUCUCACCAAGGAAACAAAACCAACCCCUGUCAACUCUAGAAAACUGUCUCAGGAGUGUAAUUCUCUGAGUGAUGUGUUGGAUACAUUUUCCAAAGCACCUACAUUUCCUAGUAGUAACUAUUUCUCAGCAAUGUGGACAAUUGCCAAAAGGAUGUCCAAUGACCAGAGGUACUUUGAAAAACAACUGAUGUUUAACCACCCAGCGUUUGAACAGCUGUGUGAACAAGUGAUGAGAGAAGCCAAGAUCAUGCACUGUGACCACCUGCUGUUCAGUCUUCAUGCUGUGGUGAAGCUUGGAAUUCCUCAGAACACUCUGCUGGUACAGACUUUGCUGAGAGUGGUCCAGGAGCGUAUCAAUGAGUGUGAUGAGAAAUGUCUUUCAGUUUUGUCAACUGUUCUACAAACCAUGGAGCCAUGCAAGAAUGUGGACGCUCUUCAUGCAGGAUUGCGGAUACUAGUUGAUCAGCAAGUUUGGAAAAUAGAACGUGUCUUUACAUUACAAGCUGUGAUGAAAUGUGUUGGAAAAGAUGCACCAGUUACUCUUAAAAGGAAGCUGGAGAUGAAAGCCUUGAGGGAAUUAGACAGAUUUUCUUUUUUAAAUAGCCAGCGCAUGUUUGAGGUGCUGGCCGCCAUGAAUCACCGUUCCGUGGUACUUCUGAAUGAAUGCAGCAGGAUGGUCUUAGGUAAUAUCCAUGGGUGUCCUCUUAAAGUAUUGAUCAACAUAUUGCAGUCUUGCAGAGACCUCCGGUACCGUAAUUUAGAUCUUUUCAAGGGAAUAGCAGAUUAUGUGGCUACAACAUUUGACAUCUGGAAGUUGAAACAAGUUCUCCUCCUCCUCAUUUUAUUUGAAAACCUUGGCUUCCGACAUCCUGGCCUGAUGGACUUGUUCAUGAAAAACGUAGUAGAUGAGCCUGGCUUCCUGAACGUGAAAAACGUUGUCUCCAUUCUGCAUGUGUAUUCUUCUCUCAACCACUUCUGCAAACGUCAGAACCAAGAGCAGUUCCUAGAAGUUAUGGCUAGUGCUCUGACUGCUUGUCUUCACCACCUCUCUUCUGAAAACCUGUUGAAUGCCGUGUGUUCGUUUUGCAUGAUGAACCAUUUUCCCCUGGCCCCUGUUAAUCAGCUUCUCCAAAAGGACGUCAUCGGCGAGCUGCUGGCAUCAGGUGACAUGGAGAGGAAUGUUCACAAGCUUCAUAUUUUGGCUGCUUGCCUGAAACUCGAUGAUGCGCCUUACCACAAGGCUGUGGAUGUGGUGUUGCCACCGCUGCCGCCUGCACUGUUGUGUCCAGAUGCCAAGGUCGCAGAGGUGCUGAGUAGCCUUGUGGGAGAUGAAUGCUUCUCAAAAAAUGUGCAGUUGCCACAUAAUUAUCAUAUUGAUUUUGAAAUCAGAAUGGAUUCUAACAGGACGCAGGUGCUUCCAUUUUCUGGCGUGGAUGUGGUAACUUCUGCUGCAGAUGUUCAAAGAGUAGCUGUGCUGUGUGUUCCUAGAUCUGCUUACUGUUUGGAUUCAACUCACCCCAAGGGAUUCCUGGCUAUGAAGAUGCGGCAUUUGAAAGGAAUGGGUUUUCACGUGAUCUUGGUCAAUAAUUGGGAGAUGGAAAAACUGGAGAUGAAGGAUGCGGUCACAUUUUUGAAGACUGAAAUCUAUUCAGCUGAACCCCUUCCCUCUGCUGAUGUAAAUUUGCAAAGCACACGUUAAAGUAAAAUGCAGCCUUUUCGUAUCAGGAGACAUAAAUUUGUAAAAAUAACUUUAAUAAAGACUGCAGUUCAGUUGUCAGUGAAAUUCACCUGACUGCUCACCAUAACAAAAUGUGUUACUUAGUUCACUAUUAAAAAUAAUUUUAAGAAU